UAAAAUUAAUAUACAGUAAACAGAGCCCUCAAUUUGGGAUCAAUUCUAGGGUUUCUCCACACACACACACAGUAAUAAUGUCUACGAACGGGAAAUUAAUGCCGAAUUUGGACCAAAACAGCACAAAGCUCCUUAAUUUAACCGUUCUUCAGCGUAUCGAUGCUUUCGUUGAAGAAAUAUUAAUCACUGCAGCUCAUGUUACUUUCUACGCUUUCAAUAUCGAUAAUAGCCAAUGGAGUCGAAAGGAUGUGGAAGGAUCUUUGUUUGUUGUGAAGAGGAGUGCUCAACCUCGGUUUCAGUUCAUUGUUAUGAACCGCAGAAAUACGGAUAAUUUGGUGGAGGAUCUCUUGGGUGAUUUUGAGUUCGAGGUCCAGGUCCCAUAUUUAUUAUAUCGAAAUCCUUCCCAAGAAGUAAAUGGGAUAUGGUUUUAUAAUUCACGUGAAUGUGAAGAAGUUGCAAAUCUCUUUAACAGGAUAUUGAGUGCUUAUUCCAAGGUGCCUACCAAGUUCAAACUACCAUCAAACAGGAGUGAAUUUGGGGAGCUGGAAGCAUCUCCAAGCAUGUCGGUAAUUGAUGGUCCCCUGGAGCCAUCUUCAUCUACUACAUCGAAUACUGCGGAUGUCCCAGAUGAUCGUUCUUUUGUGAAUUUCUUCAGUACUGCUAUGAGAAUUGGGAGUGCUCCAAAUGUUGCAGUUCAGGGACAGCCGUACGACUCAUCUGCAACAGUCCUUCCUCCUCCUCGUCCUCCUGCUGCUGUACCUCCCUCUUCAGCACCUGCACUGCCUCCAUCUCCUCCUCUUUCUACAUCUUUCCCUUUGAUGCCUACCCUUGAUGCUUCCGAACCAGACGCCAGUGCUAGAAGGUCUUCAAAUCUAGUGAAACCAUCAUCAUUCUUUGGUCCUCCUCCUUCCUCUUCUCCACUGAUACCUCCUGUUUCUUCAACUGUGCCUACUGCUCCACCACUUCACCCCCCUGGGAAUCUACAACGCCCUCACGGAGCUCCUUUGCUUCAACCAUUUCCUCCCCCCACUCCUCCGCCAUUUCUCACUCCAACUUCUGCUCCUAGCCCAAACAAUGGACCUGUUAUUAACAGAGGCAAAGUGCGUGAGGCACUUUUGAUGCUUGUUCAAGAUGAUCAAUUCAUUGACACGGUGUAUCGCGCUAUUUCCAAUACUCAUCAUACAUGAUAAACAGAGGAACUGCCUCACUUGUUGAAAUCUCAUUAAAACAAUGUUACUGGCAGAAAGAUGGCUUCGAGCGUCUGUCUAUCGGGUUCCUUCUGUUUAUAAUAUCUUUGAGACCCAUUUUGUAUAGUAGUAUUAGACUAUUAGUCAGUUUACUUGUUCAGAUUUGUAAUUUACCUUAUAUGCAAUGUCUGGUUUUACUAGUCAGUUAUGUUCUUGAGCUUUAUGUUCAUUAAAUAAUAGGCAAUCAUGCGGACUGUGUACUUGCA